GUGUUUAUAAUUUUUAAUACGAUUCCCUGGAAGUUAUUCUUUUAAGCGCUGAAAUUGAUGCAUGUUAAAGGGCAAAGGUACAGAUUGCAGUGUGACAGAGUAUUUGCUAACAGUACUAAAUACGUUGUAUGACAUUGCAAAUAUUUACCUUACACGUCUACCUUUACAUCGAGAAAAUAAAUCGAUUUUCUAAAGACAUUUAGUACUUUGCGUUUAUUACUAAUGUCUACUGUUCUAAGCAUAAUUACGUUCGUGUUCAAAUAUUAAAAUCAUGGUGUUUGACAUGCUCAAGUUAAUGCGAAGGCACACGGUCCACCCAUCGUCGUCGCAGCCGCCGAAGACCCAUCCCGUUUUAAAAUCCGCUUCGAAAUCUACAUAUAGCUCCUGGUGUACUCCAGAAGCAACUCCGACUCAUGAAAAAUUGACUAAAACAGUAUCGAACAUCGAAAAACAAACUAAAGUAAAAGAGGAUACUGAGCAUUAUAAAGAAAAAAGAAUAUUUCCUUCACAAAAAGUGAGGUUAUUUGCGAAUAGCCCACCGCCGAUAUUUAAACUUAAGAACGAUGUCAAAGAAUCCAUCACAGAGCUCAAAGACUUUAAAGAUCCUACAUCGGAAGACAACUCUUUUAAGAGACCAACACCUGAGAGACAAUUGGUACCGAUAAUCGAGACGCCUCAAAGCCCCGUGCCCUCCUCUCCCAGCCGCUACAAGAAGUGCAAAGGCCUCUCUCUGCCCACCUUUUGCGACCCCUUCCUCCCCAUCGACCCCCAGGGUCGAGGCUAUAUAAGCUGGUUGCUGCUGGUAACAUUCUGCUAUAGCUACAAUGCGUGGUGCAUCGCACUGCGUGCCACCUUCCCCUACCAGACGGCAGAGAACACGCCACUGUGGAUGAUGGCCGACUACUUCUGUGACACCGUCUACUUACUGGAUGUGGCUUUCGUCAAGCCCAGGCUUAUGUUCCUACAUGAGGGAUUCUGGGUCGAUGACCGUGUGGAGACUAGGAGGAAUUACAGAAAGAAGCUGCAAUUCAAAUUCGACGUGAUUUCACUUCUCCCGCUAGAUCUAUUGUACUUUUACUUCGGAACGCAGAAAGUGAUACUUCGUUUCCCGAGGCUACUGAAACUGCAAACAUUCUGGGAGUUUCAUCAAGCGAUGGACCGGGUUCUGUCUUCUCCAUAUAUUGUGAGGAUCGGAAAGACAUUGUUCUACAUUUUUUACCUGAUCCACUUAAAUGCAUGCGCAUAUUAUGCGAUGAGCGACUACAUCGGCCUCGCCAGCAACGGCUGGGUGUACGACAACGUUGGCAAUGCUUAUAUCAGGUGCUUCUACUUCGCCACCAAGACUGCUACCUCCAUCGGUAAAAAUCCGAAGCCAGAGAAUACAGCGGAGUACCUGUUCAUGACGGCCGCUUGGCUGAUGGGCGUGUUCGUGUUUGCAUUGCUCAUAGGACAGAUCCGUGACAUCAUAGCUACAGCCACCAGAGCAAGGACGGAGUACCGCAAGUCAGUGGAUGGUUGCGCGCGGUACUUGCGGCGGCUGGGCAUGCCGCGCGCGCUGCAGCGCCGCGUCGCCUGCUGGUACUCCUACACCUGGAGCCAGCAGAGGUGCUUCGAUGAAUCAAAGAUACUGAAUUCAUUGCCUUACAAUAUGAAGAGAGAUGUUGCUCUAGCUGUCCACAUGUCGACAUUGAGCAAGGUGCAGCUGUUCCGCGACUGCUCGGCGUCGCUGCUGCGCGACCUGGUGCUGCAGCUGCGGCCGGUGUCGUGCCUGCCCGGCGACCUGCUCGUGCGCCGCGGCGACGUCGGACACCACAUGUACAUCGUCAAGAACGGCGAGUGCUGCGUGAUGUCGCAAGAUGAAAGCGAAGUGGUAGCGACGUUGCGCGAAGGUUCCGUAUUUGGAGAGAUCAGCCUGCUGGGGAUCGAUGGCCUACGCCGGCGCACCGCCUCUGUCCGGUCUCGGGGUUAUUCUAAUCUAUUCGCACUAUCGCGGAGCGAUUUAGACGCGGCGCUGAAGCAUCACAAAGAGGCUGCGCAGAUCCUUCGUUUACGCGCCGAUCAGAUCAUAAGAGAGAAUGCGGCGCGUCAGGCGAAGCAGAGGAUGGCGAAGUUGGCAGCGAAGAAGUCGGCGAACAGCGAGGAAGGGGGCAGGAGGAGCAGCGAGGAAGGAGCGAGGAAGCGGCGGCAGAGCGGCUCGAGUGUCAGCAGCCAGCCCGAGCGCCGGCACCGCUCCGCUAGCGCCGUGUCCCGGCGACGUCUCUCCGCUGUCUCCGAAAAUGUACCCAAAAUGACGUCUCAUCAGAAGAUACAAGAAGAGGAUGUACCACCACCGAACUACCCGACUUUGUCUGUACCGAAGAUUGUACUCUCUAUCGAAUAAAA